AUGACUUCAGUCUUGUCAUCACGGCCCGGCCACAGUGCGCCGAAUAUGCUAGCAUCUGGGGGCAUGUCUCCCAUGCAGGAGCCAACCCCUCCAGACAAUAUGAGGCAUGAUGACGGCCAUGCAGAAGACGUGGACGACAACCAGGACAACUCGUCCAAUGCCGACGAGGGCCCCAACCGAAAGCGCCGUCGAAGUCGCAAAGGACUGGACAAGAAAUUCGAGUGCCCUCAUGACGGCUGUGGAAAAAGCUACUCGAGAGCUGAGCAUCUCUAUCGUCAUCAACUCAACCAUAACCCAAAGCAGAUCUACAAAUGUGAUUUCCCAGACUGCGAUCGGCAAUUCGUCCGACUUGACCUGUGUAACAGGCACAAGGAACGGCACACGGCAAAGGGAUCUACGCUCAGCAGGAGAGAAUCGACCAUUGGAGGCCAAUUGUCACCUGGAAAUGACGGUCGUCACGGGUUUGCUGCGCCUGGUUCGAUCUCCCCCGAGGCCAACAGGCCCGGCAGUGCCUACGCCAGACCACCGCUACACCACCCUCAGUUUCAAGACGUCACAGGAAGCCCCUACACUCCCAUCACAAAUACGCCGCCAGUCUUCCCUCAUGCCGCCGCCGGUGGACCGCAUCCGAAUGGUGGUGUUGGCUACAUGCGCCCUGAUGGCUCUUAUGGGCAGAUGUCUGGGCCACAGCACUCACCAAACGGCCCACAGCGCCCCUCGGUCCAGACCAGCAUGCCGCCUUACGGAGUCUUGUCCCCAGCGUCACAGCAUGGCUUUCAGGGUCACGCGAACGGCACCCCCCAGUCGGCCACUCCUUACGCCGGGCACACCAACUUCCCUGCGUUUAGCCUACCUCCUUCGAAUUUUUCACAAUCAGCGCCGCCCUCAGCAAACGUUCCGAGGGACGGCGGCGGCCAGGGCUAUGGCCCUCAGCACGACAUGAACGAGCCCUUCUCGGGCCAACCGCAGUCCACAGGUGAAAUGGUGCUACUAGACAACAUGACAAGCCAGACGACCAUGACCGUCUUCGGCAGCGAUAGUGUGCUGAACAAAUCCCCAUAUGUCGGCAUGCCCGAGGAUUUCAUGGCCUAUCUGUUCAACACCCAAGCGGGCGAGAAUCCUCAGCUGAACCAUAUGAUGCCCCAGUACACUAAUGUUCCGUAUUACGGAACGGAGCCGGUUGGCUACUUUCCGAACGGUGGUGCGCAGCAGGUCAUGGCCGUGACCAAUCUUUUGGACCAGAACCUCCCCGAGACGGUCAUCUCGGAGGACAAGGCAACCGAGGUCUUCGAGUUCAUCAAGGAGAGGUUCCACGAAAACGGCCGCGCUCCGGUGGAGCACAAGAGGGAGACGUUCAUCGAGGGAGACCGCACCGACGACCACAUGCUCAGCCGCAAGAUGAUGCAGGCCUACAUCGGCUCGUACUGGGUACACUUCAGCGAUCAGAUCCCCAUCCUGCACAAGCCCACCUUCUCACCCGACAGGACGCCGAUCCUGCUGCUGAUCUCCAUCAUGGCCAUCGGUGCAGCCUGUCUCGACAAGGCCUACGGGCCCAAGGUGACCAUGGCAGGAGCUGAGCUGUCCAACUUCCUGGCCUGGCACCUCAGAUGGGAAACUUUCAUGGACAGCAACUUCCGGCCGCCGGCAAAGCUGUGGCUGUUCCAGACCCUCAUCCUCCUCGAGCUCUACGAGAAGAUGUACUCGUCGAGGGAGCUGCACGAACGGGCGCACAUCCACCACGCGACAACAAUCACCCUCAUGCGCCGUGGACGCUCUCUCAUCGGCAAGUCAGCACUUGACUCCCCUCCAAACCCGAGAGAUGACAAGAACAGCUCCCGGCACUCGUCCACCUCGGGCGUAGCGCACACCGCAGACGAAUGGUGGAACCACUGGAUCACGAACGAGGCCACGCGCCGUGCUGCUUUUGCUGCCUUUGUCAUCGACUCCAUCCACGCCACCAUGUUCGGCCACUCGACGGUCAUGGUGGCGCACGAGAUGCGGCUGCCCCUGCCUUGCGAUGAGAAACUGUGGAGGGCUACGAGUGGUGCGGAGGUGGGGAGGAUCGAGGCGAACCUGAUGUCAAACGGCCUCAAGCCCAUCCCGUUCCUAGAAGGGCUGAAGCGGACACUGAGCGGCCAGGAGGUCCAGACCAACUGCUUCGGGCGGAUGAUCCUGAUGGCCGGCCUGCUGAACGUCAGCUGGUACAUGAACCAACGAGACCUGCAGGUCAACUCCCUCGGGGGUGGUGUCUCGUCGGCUCUGGGCGGCCGAGACAAGUGGCGCGCAACUCUCACCCGUGCCUUCGAUUCGUGGAAACACGACUUCGACAAGUCCCUCAAGAAAGGCGAGAACCCAUCCGACCCAUACGCGUUUAAUUCGUCCGACCGGGGCGAUGCCAACACCGUCUUCGAGAGCCGCGUCGUCCUCCACCACCUUGCCCACAUGGCCAUGCACGUCGACAUCGUGGACUGCCAGAUCUUUGCGCGCGCGAAACGCCUCCUGGGCCGCGCCAUCGGGGCGCAGGACCUCAACAGCGCGCAGCGGCGCAUGAAGGACAUCUGGGCCCCCUCGGUGCGGGCACGCGACGCCACGUGGUAUGCGCUCAAGUUCCUGUUCUCGGUGCUCCACCCUCACAGCAGGGACAUGGAGCCGUCGUACGUGGCCCGAGACGAUGUACUGCUCAACAGGCCGUGGGUGCUGUACUUCUCGGCGCUGGUGAUAUGGAGCUACGGCCACGCCCUCGAGGGCGCGUGUCCCGACGCCGUCAUCCCCACGAGCCGGGCUGAACAGGUCCGCCAGAUGAGGGAGUACCUGAUCACCUACGGCGGGACGGACGACCCUGAGACGCUGCGGACCACCAAGGGCCUAAACAACAACAGCAGCUUGCUGCUGGUCCUCAAGGACACGUUCCUGACCACCAGAUGGGAGCUGUUGCACGAGGGCGCGACCCUGCUGAACAACUGCGUGCAGCUGAACGCGGGGACCUUAGUCUGA